UUAAUUUAGAUCUGAACUAGAUGGAAGAAGUAAACCAGUCUGAGGUGUCCGAAUUCAUGAUUCUUGGACUUUGUGAUUCAUUGGAGCUCCAGGCCUUCUUGCUAGUGAUCUUUUCUUCACUUUAUUUAAUCACCAUUUUAGGCAACAUCUUCAUUGUGGUUUUAAUCAUCAUUGACCUACAUCUCCACUCCCCUAUGUACUUCCUGUUGGCCAAUCUUUCAUUCAUUGACUUUUGUCUUUCCUCAGUCACUACUCCUAAAAUGAUCACAGACUUCCUCAAGAAAAACAAGACUAUCUCCUUUGGAGGAUGUAUGUGUCAGAUUUUCUUUGGACACUUCUUUGGAGGGGGUGAGAUGGUAUUGCUUGUGUCAAUGGCCUAUGACCGUUAUGUGGCCAUCUGCAAGCCUCUCCACUAUUCCAGCAUCAUGAGCAGACAUAUGUGCAUUGGGUUAGUGAUGACAUCAUGGAUCAUUGGCUUUGUGCAUUCAAUGAGCCAACUCGUUAUCAUUAUAAAGCUUCCUUUCUGUGGACCCAAGAAAUUGGACAGCUUUUUCUGUGAUAUUCCACUAGUGAUAAAGUUAGCUUGUGUGGACGUCUCCAUUCUAGAAAUUUUGAUAAAUGCUGACAGUGGUAUACUAGCAUCCAUCUGCUUCACUCUGUUGCUGAUAUCCUACUCUCAGAUUCUGUUUACUGUCUGCCUUCAUUCAAAGGAUGGGGCUUCUAAAGCGCUCUCCACUUGCACUGCCCAUAUCACAGUGGUGGUAUUAUUCUUUGGGCCAUGUAUCUUCAUAUAUCUGUGGCCAGUCAGUAUCACCUGGGUGGACAAGUUUCUUGCUGUAUUUUAUGCAGUUAUAACACCUCUCCUAAAUCCAGCCAUUUACACCUUAAGAAACAAAGAGAUUAAAGAUGCUAUAAAGAGAUUACAAUGUUAGUAUAUGAAUCAUAGAGA